UCACCUUCCCUGAAGAUCUCCACUGUGCCAAGGUCACCAUCGUCCCCGAGGAGCGAUGCCGGCGCGUCUACCCGGGUUCCAUCACCUCCAACAUGGUGUGCGCCGGGGAGCACCGCAACCGCGCCGACUCCUGCCAGGGCGAUUCCGGGGGACCCCUCGUGUGCGACGGACGUCUGCAGGGCAUCGUCUCGUGGGGUCCGGGUGUCUGUGGGGACCCCCAAAAACCCGGCGUCUACGUCAACCUCUGCAAAUACACCCGGUGGAUCCAUGACACCAUGAGAAGGAACUGAACCUCCCCUCU